CACCGUCAAUGACCCAGCCCGCUACGUGAUUAGUUUCAACUGUAUUGUAUUUACAACUUUUUGAAGUAAAACUGUGACUUGGUAUUUAAUAAUUUCAAAAGGCUUCCAUUAUUCAGACUGCUAUGAUUAGAGUAAUACAACACGCAUUACAAAGUUAAAUUGACAGAUUUGUUUUGAGAUACCAAAUAGCAUAGCAAAAUGCAGACUAUCAAGUGUGUAGUGGUAGGUGACGGAGCAGUUGGUAAAACAUGUCUGCUCAUCAGCUACACGACAAACAAAUUCCCUUCAGAAUAUGUGCCCACUGUCUUUGACAACUAUGCUGUAACAGUCAUGAUUGGAGGAGAACCAUACACUUUGGGUCUUUUUGAUACUGCAGGACAGGAAGAUUAUGAUAGACUGAGACCCCUGAGUUAUCCCCAAACAGAUGUUUUCCUUGUAUGUUUCAGUGUGGUUAGCCCAAGUUCCUUUGAAAAUGUCAAGGAAAAGUGGGUGCCUGAAAUUACUCAUCAUCAGCAGAAAACACCAUUUCUCCUAGUGGGAACACAAAUAGACUUGCGAGAUGAUUCCACAACUAUGGAGAAGUUAGCGAAAAUAAAACAGAAGCCAGUGUCAUUAGAGCAGGGAGAGAAACUUGCUAAAGAGCUCAAGGCAGUUAAAUAUGUUGAAUGUUCUGCUCUUACACAGAAAGGGCUGAAAAAUGUUUUCGAUGAAGCAAUAUUGGCUGCCUUGGAGCCUCCAGAGCCAGUCAAGAAAAGGAGAUGUGUACUCUUGUAAUGCAUGGGUUGGAACCGCAGCGGUUAGACGCGGCGCGCUGUAUGCUGUAUGGUAUACCACCAUAACAAUGUAAUGUUCAACUUAUUUUUAUAAAUUUAUAAUUACUGAACAUUAUGGGCCAUAAAUAAAAAUAAUGAAUAUUACAAUUGUUAUAAACUGCGUCUCUAGCUCCGACAUUUAUAAUAUUCAGGCCUUGCAGUUUCCCAUGUAUUAAUAUUAUUAAUAUCUAAAGGACAAUUUAUACUAUGUCAUUUGUCUUUUAUAUAAAUUAACUACAUAUUUAUAUUUCAGCCGUUGGUACCUUUUAUUAUUAAUUAUGCAUUUCACUUUAGUUGAUGGGAAGGCACCAAUGUUGUAAUCCAUGAUUCUGUUAUUAUAAUAAUAGGUACUGAACUAUUCAAAUCGGACUAUGAAUUUGCCUAGAAUGAUUGCUGAAUUGGAAGCAACUUUAUGCACAACAUUUGCUAUGCACAGUGCGAGCUAUGCAUUUUUUAUAAUAUUAUUUGAUAACCUUAAUAAAUUAAUAAU